AUGAGUAACAAUUCCGAGAUUGAUCACUCUUCCCUCGUUGAUGAGGCAUCGGAAAUGAUGAAAGAAAAGGGUUAUCCAAAUCAUUUUCAAGCAGACUUUAUUAAACGCAUCGCAGAAGAAGUCAAAGGAUCUAACAAAGAAGAAUUCAAGUAUUACAAGCCAAAUUUCAUGCAAUUAAAAGGAAAUGAAGCUUUUAAGAUUGCUUUCAAAGUUGUGAGUGAUUUUCUUGAAGCUAAUCAAUGCAAAUUGACUCAAGAUGUCAUGGAACUCGAACAAAAUGGAAUUGUUCAGCCAGAAUACAAGGACUAUGAAAAUAGUCCUGAUGCAGAUGCAUAUUUGAGUGAACUUAUUCAAACAUAUGCAUAUGAUCCAGAUCCAAUUGAAGAGAGAGUUCAAUAUUUCUACGAAAAUGCUGGAAUUGAUCAAAUACUUGAAAACGAACAGAAUACAUCACAAGCGGAAGAAAAGCCAAAAUCCGUUAAUACACAACAAGAGCAGAAACCAAAGCAAGAUGAUAAAAAGUCUGGCUUUGAGCUCAACGUCAAAGUUGGCAAUGUUGGUGCCAAGCUUACUCUCGGAGGAAACAAAGAUAACCAGAAUGAAGUCAAAGUUGGAUUAACAAAUGACAAGCCACAACCAGCUAAGCCAGCACCAGCUCCAGCUAAGCCAGCCCCUGCUCCAGUUCAACCAGCAAAGAAUGAAGAAAAUGAUGAUAUGGAAGAUAUUGAAUUCGAGGAGGAAGAAGAGAAGCCAGUUGCUGCCAAAGCAGAGGAAUCUGGAAGCAGUGAUGUUAAUUUUGAAGUCGAUUUAGAUGAUGAAGAUGAAGAAGAGAAGCCAAAACCAGCACCAGCACCAGCCAAACCAGCUCCAAUUCAACCAGCACCUCAACAAGCAGAAAAAGACUUUGAUUUCGAAGUCGAUUUAGAUGAUGAAGAGGAAGAAGAAAAACCGAAACCAGCACCAGUCCAGGCUAAACUAGCUCCAGCACAAGUCAAACCAGCUCCAAUCCAGAAGCAAGAAGAGGAAGAAGAAGACGAUGAAUUUGACAUCGAUAUUGAAGAUGAUGAAGAUAAGGAAGAAAAGCCAAAGACAGCACCAGUCCAGGCCAAGCCAGCACCAGUUCAACAGAAGCAGGAUGAAGUUGACGAUGACGAAUUCGAGUUCAAUAUUGAAGAUGACGAGGAGGAAGAGGAGAAGCCAAAGCCAGCACCAGCUGCAGCAGCUCCAAAGUCAACACCAAUACAGCCAGCACAAAAGAAGGAAGAAAGUAAUGAAUUUGAUAUUGAUUUAAGUGAGGAUGAAGAAGAAAAGCCAGUUGCUGCACAACAGAAGCCAAAGCCUGCACAUCAAGUUGAAGAAAACAAUGGCUUUGACGUAGAUGUUGAUGAGGAUGACCAGCCACUUAAAACAAGCCACAAUAACUCUACGAAUGAAGAAGAAGAUGGAAAUGAGUUCGAUAUUGAUUUUGAAGAUGAUGAUGACGAUAAUAACGGAAUUGGAGGUGGUUUCAUGAUUACUCAGCAGAAGGCUCAAGCGCAUAACACAUCAGAAGUAGAAGAUAUGGACAUUCAAAUUGAUGAAGAUAAUGAUGCAAGAGGUUUAGAUUCACCAACAGGAAGAGAUGAUGACUUAUCUUACAGAUUCGAUGACGAUGAUGACGAAGAAGAAGACGAUGAUCCAUUCCAUUAA